AUGGCUCGACUCAUCGCCCUCCUGGCCACCGUGCCAGCGUUAAUAUCAGCCGCUGCCAUCGCUCCCCCUCCCGCCGCCAACUCAACCUGCCGCUGCUUGCCCACAGACCCGUGCUGGCCCUCCGCAGCAGACUGGAAUGCCUUCAACAAGACACUAGGCGGCAAAUUGAUCGCCACGGUCCCUCUGGCCAGCGUCUGCCACAGCUCUUCCUUUGGCUGCUUCAGCGCCUCAAAGUGCAACCAAUUGAAGUCCGUCUGGGACUUUCCCGACACCCACAUCGAGUCCGCCUCCGACCCCGUUGCUCCCUUCUUCGCCAACCGCGGCUGUGAUCUCCUCACGUCGCCCGACGCCGAGUGCGUUGUCGGCUCCCUCGUCCAGUACUCCGUCAAGGCUGCGACCGCUGCCGACUACCAGGCCACCAUCAAGUUUGCCCAGCAGAAGAACAUCCGCCUGGUCAUUCGAAACACGGGCCACGACUACUACGGCAAGUCGACGGGAACCGGCGCCCUGGCUCUCUGGACGCACAACAUCAAGACCACCCAGCUCCUCAACUACAACGCAAACGGAUACAAAGGCAAGGCCAUCAAAGUCGGCGCCGGCGUCCAAAACUUCGAAGCCCAAGAAUUCGCCCACGCCAAUGGCCUCGCACUCGUCACUGGCAACGGCGGAUCGGUUGGCUUUGCCGGAGGCUACAGCCAGGGCGGUGGUCACGGACCCUUUGCCUCCAAGGUUGGCCUUGCUGCCGAUCAAGUCCUCGAGUGGGAGGUUAUCACCAGCACCGGCCAGCAGCUCGUUGCUACUCCUUCGCAGAACUCGGACCUCUACUGGGCCCUUUCCGGCGGUGGUGGUGGAACAUACGCCGCCGUCUUGUCCAUGACCGUCCGAGCCUACCCCGACAUGCUGUCUUCUGCCGCCAAUCUCACAUUCACCAACCAGGGAAUCACCGAUGAUGUCUUCUACGGCGCCGUUGCUCAGUUCUUGACCACGCUGCCCAGCAUUGUCGACUCUGGCGCAAGUGCUGUUUUCCUGCUUGCGCCUGGUAUCUUCCUGCUGCAGCCUGUGAAUGCUCCUGGUGUCACCAAGGCACAGCUUCAAACUCUUAUGAACCCUACUCUCAACUACCUGACGUCCAAGGGUAUCGGAUACGACUUUCACGUCGACCAAUUCUCUACCUUCUUGGACAGCUUGAACGCCUACAACCCUCCUCCCAACGUGACCGAGUACAACAUUGGUGGUCGUCUCAUCCCACGCGACCUGUUCACCACGGCAUCCGGAGCUGCUUCUGUCGCGAGUGUCUACCAAUUCAUCAACAACGCCGGCGGUGUCGUCUCUGGUGUUUCCCUCAACGUCAGCAAGGGUGCCAAGGUCUCCAACGCCGUCAACCCUGCUUGGCGAACAGCCAUCACAAGCACAGUCAUUGGAGUCCCAUACGAUCCCCUCGUCUUCCAGAACAACCUCAACGCCCAGAAGAACAUCACUGGUGUGCUGGUUCCCAAGCUGGAUGCUUUGUCACCCAUCAAGGGCGCCUACUUGAACGAAGCCGAUAUGAACCAGCCCAACUUCCAGCAGGUGUUUUACGGCAACAACUACGCAAAGCUCAAGUCCAUCAAGAACAAGUACGAUCCGACGGGCACGUUUUUCGGCCUUACAGCGGUCGGAAGCGAUGACUGGACCGUGGAUAGCACCACGGGAAAGCUUUGCAGGGUUGCGUAG